AUGGGGAGUGUUGGUAACUAUUUGCCUGUCGUUGGUAUGAUCCUAGUACAACUGGGUCUUGCUGGUCUGAAUGUGUUGUCAAAGCUCACCAUGGCCUCCGGCAUGAGCCCCUACGUGCUUAUCACCUACCGAAAUCUCGUCGCGGCCGUCUUCCUCGCCCCCUUUGCUUUCUUCUUCGAACGAACUACUUGGGCCUCACUCAGCAAGAAGACAUUGAUACAAAUUUUCUUAUGCUCCAUUGUUGGCGCAACGCUGAACCAGACGUUCUUCUUCCAGGGCCUCAAGUACAGCCGCCCGACAGUGGCGUCCGCGCUGAACAACACGCUCCCGGCUGUGACCUUCGCGCUGGCCGCCGCGCUCAAGAUGGAGCCCGUCGCGGCGCUCGCCGGGAAAGCCAAGGUGGCGGGUACGACGCUCUGCGUGGCUGGUUCCAUGCUAAUGACCUUAUACAGGGGCCCCCUCGUCAGGACCCUGGCCUCCCCGAUCCACUGGCCGUAUGUCAAGCGCACCAUUGCCGCCGAGGCUGCUGCCCACGCCGGCGGGGGCGCCGCCGUCCUCGGGGCGGCUCUGAUCGUCGCUUCCAACGUCGCGUGGGCCAUCUGGUUCAUCAUUCAGAAGAGGAUGUCCAACAGCUUCGCAUCCCCGUACACGACGACGGUGCUGAUGGCAGCAAUGGCCAGUGUCCAAUGCGGCGUCGUCGGCGUGGCCGCCGAGCGGAGGCUAUCGGCAUGGGCACUUGGGUUGGAUAUCAGGCUUGUCGGCUCGCUGUACGCGGGGGUGGUGGCGUCAGGGAUGGUGAUCGCGGUGAUGUCGUGGUGCAUUCAAGUGCGCGGGCCGGUGUUCGUGUCCAUGUUCAGCCCCAUGGUGCUGAUCGUUGUCGCCGUCGUCGGGUGGGGCAUCCUCGGCGAGAAGAUACACGUCGGAAGCAUCAUCGGCCCCGUACUCAUAGUCGUGGGGCUAUACACUGUGCUCUGGGGCAAGAGAAGGGACAUGGUAGCCACUCAAAUCGCACCUGUCGCGGACGCUGAUGAGGAGAUGAGCAUCAAUGCCGGCGGCGAAGUGAACAGUUGGGUCGUCGAUGGCAUGGCGGUCACACCGUCACAUCCCGCUACUGGUCAUCAUGAAAGAAUGGGCCAUGCACAAAUGUAG